UAUCCUAUAGUUACGAGCUCUACAAGCCAGAAUGUUGAAUAAAAUGUACUGUUAAUUUGAACUCUACCGGUUGUCUGCGGUUGGUCCUUAUGACUCGUUUUGAAAUUUUACACAAAAUAUCCACAAGAAAAUAUUAUUAAACCGACUUUUCAAAACGCUGGGGUGUUCAGUUCGAUGUAAUGUUUGAUGCGUUUGAACAGUUUGUACUGAAUGACACGUUUCCCCAAAACCUUCAAUGUUCUUGAACAGACUGAGGUUUGUUUGGUGGGUGUAUCUUUAAGCAAUGAAGGGAUUCGAUUAUCUGUCCUGGGUUGCUCAGGUGGGAGGAGUGAACUGCGUGAAAAAGCGGUGAGGGAGGAGCGCCCUUCUCAAAUCAAACAGUAUCUGCGCUGCUCGGUCAUGUUGUCAAGGCAGACUGGUGCAUUGUUCAGAAACAUACAUCUCUAUUUCAUAAAAUAAAUGUUUGCAUUUUCAAACUAGUUUUCAUUGGGAAUGCAGCGUUUUUAUCCAAAGCAGUUUUUUUUGUUGCAUGUGAAAACACCGAAUCCUACUUCACUUUUGUUUUGAGCCGACUUCGCCUUUGUCCAGAAAUGUAAACCCGGUGCAAACUACGCUACUUGGGAGCACGGGCCAACUUAAUAGAAUCCCCUCGUUUGUCUGGCCCAGGUUGCCCCGAUGGUAGGGGUUUGCGCUUGGUGAAAAAUGAGGGAGUUCUAAUAACCUGAGCCGUGGGGCACCGUGCUAUGGCCUAUGAUAUGAACGGGCAAAAACGGUGAGGGAGGAGCGCCCUUGUCAAAUCGAACAGAAAUCUGCGCCACUUGGUCAUGAUGUCAACAAGGUAGAAUGUUGCAUCCUAAAGAAACAACAUCUCUUUUCCAUGAAAUAUAUGUUCAGACUAGUUUUCAUUGGGAAGCCCGACGGUCAUUGGGAAGUCCAACAGUGUUUAAAUCCAAAGCAAUCACGUUUGCAUGUGAUAACAUGGUUUCCUACUCAUUACUCCACCUGCUUAACCUACAUAACCAUUUUGUUUUGAGUCGACUUCGCCAUCCGUGAGAGCAGGUCACCUGGCUCCCACCCUGGAGGCAGCCGGUUCCAAAACAGAUGCAAUGGGUAACUUUACCAAACAACUAAAUCAGCGGACAACAGACUCCCUGCAGCUCUCUCUCGCUGUCUCUGAAGAGGAGGUUCUCCCUGAUCAGCAGCACUGUGAGCAGGAGUGGAGCCCCAGUCUGGGGCAGGAGAACCCAGAGCUUCCACAGAUUAAAGAGGAACAGGAGGAACUCAGGACCACUCAGGAAGAAGAGCAGCUUCAAGGGCUGGAGGCUGAUAUCAAAUUCACUCCUUCCUGUAUGAAAAGUGAAUGUGAUCAGGAGGACCCACUUCAGUCCUUGACUCUUCCCCAAACCCAGACUGUGGAGAACAGAGAGAGGGACCCUAAACAAGUGGAUCUCACACCUUUUGUUACUGUGACCCACCUGAAGGGUCUCUACAUUCCCUGUGACCCUCCAGAUAAUCAAAACAAUGCCUCCAGCCACAGCUCAGCUGUAAGCAGUGACCCAGUAGGACUUGACAGCAGCCCACCAUUGGAUCCCAGCCCAUCAUUGAAUCCAAACCCAUCAAUGGAGGAACACUGUUCCAAACCCAGUACCACGUCUAGAAAACCUCACCGCUGCCGUGACUGUGGCGAAAUGUUUACUCUGAAAGCUGAAAUGCAGAGGCAUGUGACUCUCUACAAGAAGAGACUCUGCGAAUGCCGCUUCUGCAGAAAAAGCUGCAACUCCACCUGUAAACUAAAGGCCCAUGUCCGCCUCUGUCACAGUGGCAAACCCUGCACCUGCCCUGUUUGUGGCAAGACCUUCAAACUCAAAGGGGAUCUGUCCAAGCACAUGAGGAUUCACACAGGAGUGGGAGAGAAACCAUUUAGCUGUGGAGACUGUGGGAAAAGCUUCAUUCAUAGGUGGAACCUAAGGAACCAUAUGCUGACUCACACAGGAGAGAAACCAUUUAGCUGUGUUGACUGUGGGAAAAGCUUCAAUUUGAAGGGGAACCUAAGGAAGCAUAAACUGACUCACACAGGAGAGAAACCAUUUAGCUGUGGUGACUGUGGGAAAAGCUUCAAUCAGAAGGGGAACCUAAGGAACCAUAAACGGACUCACACAGGAGAGAAACCAUUUAUCUGUGGUGACUGUGGGAAAAGCUUCACUCAGAAGGGGAACCUAAGGAACCAUAAACGGACUCACACAGGAGAGAAACCAUUUAGCUGUGAUGACUGUGGGAAAAGCUUCAAUCAGAAGGGGUCCCUAAAGAAGCAUACACUUACUCACACAGGAGAGAAACCAUUUAUCUGUGGAGACUGUGGGAAAAGCUUCAAUCAGAAGGGGUCCCUAAAGAAGCAUUCACUUACUCACACAGGAGAUAAAUCAUUUAUCUGUGGUGACUGUGGGAAAAGCUUCACUCAAAAGUCCAACUUACUGAUCCAUGUGAAAAACAUCCACAAAGGAGGAAAACGGGAUGAAACAUGAAAGAAAGAAAAUUAGGACAAAGAUCUAUUUAGUCACAAGAUGAGAAUAAAAAGGCAGGAUGUGGACAAUACUGUGAGUACACGCUCAUAGAUAGCUGGAAUAAGUCAAUGAGUCAUAUCAACUGAUGACUAAAAUAGCAGCGCAGAUGGCACUAUUUUGUUAAGUGCAGAGAUGUAUUGUAGGUAAUGAAUGUGUAGGGGACAACCAUGCAGAGGUUGUGAGUUCAAAUCCCAGGUGGAGUCAUAUUGAAAUGUCUAUACUAAGGGAUCAUGUCAAAUGUAAUCAUAUUGCCACCUGGGAUUUGAACUGACAACCUCUGGAUUUGGGAUAUGCAGAUCUUUCUGCUGCACCACUACAUCUGUAGAAUUUCAGAAGUCCCUACACAUUCAUUACCUAUAAUACAGUACCAGAGACAGGUUUGGACACACCUACUCAU